CAGUCACAGAAGUCCUCAAGUCAAAUCAGUGGCCAGGUAUAAGGAAAUGUUAUGUAGCUGGAGUAAGGUGGACACUCACCAGCUCAGUUCUGUUACAAAAAUCCUGGCUGCUGAAAUUAAACUCUGAUGCCAUUCAUGCCAACAUCCAAUCACAAGCGAGAUCAGAAGUUCAGAGAUGCUUCCAAACUGCCAACAACAAGUGUGGGUACUAUACGUCAAGGACUCUAAAGCCGUGGUGGAGAGGGAGGGACAACUUUAGAGAGGAUGCCCAGCUGGUAAGAAUCAACUGUUUAUGAUGUUUUGGUCACCUGAUGAAUGUCAUUGGCUACAAAGAAGAAAUGCUCCGCCUCUUUGCAAAUAUGUGUGAAGGGGGAAGUGUCUAAGCUUCUAUGUCUGAUGGCAUUUGACCCUACUGCUUUUAGCUUUCUGGCUAUAUAUCUACGUAUACACAGGUAUAUGUGUAUAUUUUGGACUAUUGCUUUCCAUUGGUUGAUAUCGAAGAGAGUUGGAGGAAAUGAACUUUGAAACGCCCCGGUGUGCCACCCUGCAGUACUGUCCUGACCCUUACAUCCAGCGCUUCGUAGAAACCCCAGGUCAUUUCUCUUGGAAAGAAAGUUAUUACCGGUCUACCAUGUCCCAGAGUACACAGACGAGUGAAUUCCUCAGUCCAGAGGUUUUCCAGCAUAUCUGGGAUUUUCUAGAACAGCCUAUAUGUUCAGUUCAGCCCAUUGACUUGAACUUCAUGGACGAAUCAUCAGAAAAUGGUGCAACUAACAAAAUUGAGAUCAGCAUGGACUGUAUUCGCAUGCAAGACUCAGACCUGAGGGACCCCAUGUGGCCACAGUACACAAACCUGGGGCUCCUGAACAGCAUGGACCAGCAGAUCCAAAACGGCUCCUCGUCCACCAGCCCCUACAACACUGACCACGCACAGAACAGCGUCACUGCGCCCUCGCCCUAUGCGCAGCCCAGCUCCACCUUCGACGCCCUGUCGCCGUCGCCCGCUAUCCCCUCCAACACUGACUAUCCGGGCCCGCACAGCUUCGACGUGUCCUUCCAGCAGUCCAGCACCGCCAAGUCGGCCACCUGGACGUAUUCCACAGAACUGAAGAAGCUGUACUGCCAAAUCGCGAAGACAUGCCCCAUUCAGAUCAAGGUGAUGACGCCACCCCCUCAGGGAGCUGUCAUCCGCGCCAUGCCCGUCUACAAGAAAGCCGAGCACGUCACCGAGGUGGUGAAGCGGUGCCCCAACCAUGAGCUGAGCCGUGAAUUCAAUGAGGGACAGAUUGCCCCGCCUAGUCAUUUGAUUCGAGUAGAAGGGAACAGCCAUGCCCAAUAUGUAGAAGAUCCCAUCACAGGAAGACAGAGUGUGCUGGUGCCUUACGAACCACCCCAGGUCGGCACUGAAUUCACGACAGUCUUGUACAAUUUCAUGUGCAACAGCAGUUGUGUCGGAGGGAUGAACCGCCGUCCAAUUUUAAUCAUCGUUACUCUGGAAACCAGAGAUGGGCAAGUCCUGGGCCGACGGUGCUUUGAGGCCAGGAUUUGUGCCUGCCCAGGGAGAGACAGGAAGGCAGAUGAAGACAGCAUCAGAAAGCAACAAGUUUCGGACAGUACAAAGAACGGUGAUGGUACGAAGCGCCCUUUUCGGCAGAAUACACAUGGCAUCCAGAUGACAUCCAUCAAGAAGCGAAGAUCCCCAGAUGAUGAGCUGCUGUACUUGCCAGUGAGGGGUCGUGAGACUUAUGAAAUGCUGUUAAAGAUCAAAGAGUCCCUGGAGCUCAUGCAGUACCUUCCGCAGCACACGAUCGAAACAUACAGGCAGCAGCAGCAGCAGCAGCACCAGCACUUACUUCAAAAACAGACCUCAAUGCAGUCUCAGUCUUCAUACGGUAAUAGCUCCCCGCCUCUGAACAAAAUGAACAGUAUGAACAAGCUGCCUUCGGUGAGCCAGCUCAUCAACCCCCAGCAGCGCAACGCCCUCACCCCCACCACCAUCCCCGACGGCAUGGGAGCCAACAUUCCUAUGAUGGGCACCCACAUGCCAAUGGCUGGAGACAUGAAUGGACUCAGCCCCACCCAGACCCUCCCUCCCCCACUCUCCAUGCCAUCCACCUCCCACUGCACCCCCCCACCUCCGUACCCCACAGAUUGCAGCAUUGUCAGUUUCUUAGCGAGGUUGGGCUGUUCAUCAUGUCUGGACUAUUUCACGACCCAGGGGCUGACCACCAUCUAUCAGAUUGAGCAUUACUCCAUGGAUGAUUUGGCAAGUCUAAAGAUUCCUGAGCAGUUCCGGCACGCCAUCUGGAAGGGCAUCCUGGACCACCGGCAGCUCCACGACUUCUCGUCACCCCCCCACCUCCUGCGGACCCCAAGCGGGGCCUCCACGGUCAGCGUGGGCUCCAGCGAGACCCGCGGCGAGCGCGUCAUCGAUGCUGUACGCUUCACCCUGCGCCAGACCAUCUCCUUCCCUCCGCGCGACGAGUGGAACGACUUCAACUUUGACAUGGACGCUCGCCGCAACAAGCAGCAGCGCAUCAAAGAGGAAGGGGAGUGAAUCCCUCCGUGUGCGGGCUCCCCGGGGUUUAACCUGCCUGUCCAGCCCCUUUGCAGGCCUGCAUACUUAAUUUCAAAGCAUUUCUCCCUAGCUCUUCCCCUUCCCUUUCUCAGUCCAGCAUCUUAAGGGAAGGAGAAGUAAGGGGCGACUACUUACCUACCAUCUGACCUGGCAUCUGAUUCUGAUUCCGGCUUUAAGCCUUCAAAGCUAUUGCUUGCAGACUAAGUUGUCACGGUAGAUAGAAGUGAGCAAACAAAGCAGUGGGUGUAUCCUUCAGCUACAGGAUCUCUCAUUGACUGUUCUAAAGCAUUUUCAACUUUAUAGUCUAAGACUAUAUAUAUUAUAAAUAUAUAAAUAUACAGUAUGUAUUUGGGGGCCGGGGCAUUGAGUACUGUUUAAAAUGUAAUUUAAAAGAAUGGAAAUUGCAUUGCACUUAUCGACUUUAAAAAAAAUUAACUUCUCUUGAGUAGCGUAACUGUACCCCUUUUCUCAGGGGUACCUUGGGUCAUGAUGUAGGUAUUUAGAGCUUUAUGAUCUGCUUAAUGGGGGACCGCGGUAUAUAUGAUCUUUCAACUCUUUGGAUGCUAUAUACAUACCACAUUGUGACUUUUGAUAAAAUCAUUUGCAUUUACCAUUUCUAAUUAUGUGGUGAGACUGUAUAUUUGUUCAUAAUUCUCUGUAUUGGCAGAUGUUGUUAGUAGCAUUCUUUUUAUUAAGACGAUUUGCUUUGUGUUUGUCACAAGAAAUGGUUCAUACUCAUUUUGUCAAAUGCUAACCAGCACAUUUUCUUUUGCCUUUGAUUGUGAAUGAGGAAUGUGGGUCAUGGUUAAGAUCUUGGAUAGAUCCAUGGCACCCAGUUCUAAUGUGACACAUUGAGGCAUAUCAGUAACCCCUUUGAAAUUAAUAUUAGACACCUUGGUAGUUAUUGGGAAAGCAUUUGCUGCCAUUACAGAGUCCUUAAAAUUAAAUUUAGCCAGUAGAUUGCUUAACUCAAAUCUGAUUCAGUACUCUUGUUAGAAUUCAAGUUGAUUCAGUUGGGGUAAGUGUCACUCAACUAAUGCUUAUCUGUCAAGAAAGACCAGGAAAUAUCCGCAUGACUCCAAAAUACUAAGUGUCUACUACAUAUUAAGAUAACUAAGAAAACUGUGAACUGAAAUUCCUGAAAGUUAUUAUGAAGCACAGACAAUAUGUGGUAACUGUUUCAUUUAAAGUCCCUCAUAAAACUUUAGAAGCCUGUUUACUUUUCUGUCUUUGAGCUCAAAAAUACCAUGGUGGUCUGGAAACUAUAAAAUUAUGAGAUGAAAUUUCUAAGGGCAUUAUUUGCAAAUCAUUAUCCUUUUUGAUCAGUAAGAGUUCCUGUUCAUCAGAAAGUAACAUUGAGUCCCAAAUUCCUAUAUGAUUCCUUCCAAGCUACAUGUAGACUUCUCGAUGUUUCCAUUAUUCUUCAUGAAAGGUAUUAUUUAGACCCCAUCUAUAGAGAACUGUAUCAUAACCUUCAGCAAAUAUAAAAAUUACGGUAUCUUAGUGGGUGUUUUGUAAACAUGCUUUGUAACAAAUAUAUACUUUUUCAAAAUACAAAGCAAAGAUUUUGAUAUAUGCUGUUAUCUAAAAUUUUCCCCUGAGUGGAUAAUAAGAUCUGUCAUUGCACAGAAACUUCCAUUUUAAUAAAAAGAAAAGCCUCGUGUGGCUGUCAAAUUUAGGAAGCUCAUCACAAAAUGUAUAUAUAUUUUUCCUGUGAAGUUAUAUACUUUUUUUCUUCUUGGGAUGGUAGGUUUUCCAGAACCAUAGAUGAAAACUUUUUUUUUGGUAUUGAUUUUCUCUUUUCAUGGAAGCACCACUUAAGAAGAAUAUGAUGUCAGCUAAGACACAUAGCCAUGAUUGUCAGAUGAGGGGAGGAGACGCUUGUUUUUUAUUGUGUUUGUAUGUGUGUACGUGUGUGUGAUAAAGGAAGUGAGUCCUCGAUUUCAACGUUUUCUUGUGCUUCAAUGAUUGCAAGCACUAUUAAUUUCUGGAACAAGCAUGCAGCUUUUGACAAUUCACUAGAAAAAAUUUGAAAGCUGUGUCGUGGUCAUGAUUAAGAGACAAAUAGCUUUGUCUGUCAUCCUGAGCGUUAGAAUAAACCUAGGACUUCUGAACAAUUUCAGCACUAUUGAAGUGGCACUAGGGACUCAAAAAUUCCUGUCCAGGAUCUCAAGAAUUUGGCCUUAGCCAUAGGAGGCCACAUAUGCAGUGGCAACUUCUACUCCUCGAAUGUAAGAGCAGCCAAGACAAGGAUGGAAACACACUGAGGGUUAACAGCUAGAAGUGAGCUCCAAGGAGCUACCUGAAGACAAAUAUGAGUGAUGUUAGAGGAGAUUAUGGACAGAAACACAAAACAGAGUUAUCUUUAUUGAAUCUACUUACUUUUUGUUUUGUUUAUUCUCCCUUGAAAUAUAGUACUUAGAAAUGUUGACUAAUAAAGAGAUGUGGGUUUUUUAUUAUUUUUUAUAAUUGUACAAAAAUUAAGCAAAUGACAGAAGUUUUAUAUGCUUAUUCAUGUUUUCAAAAGUUUCUUAUAGAUGUGAUGCUUUUUAUAAAGCUUUGGUUGCUUGUCUUUUGUUAUUUUUAUGUUAUGGGCUUUUAGAGAGCCAGAGGCAAAUCUAUAAGCCAUUUAUUUGCCAAGAUAUGCAAUAAAAUUUUUAAAAUUAAUAAAAAUGCAUUGAGGAAUUA